CCCAAAAGUAGCAGGAGCUGACCACAACGGGCCUGCCAAUGGCUGGUACAAGCCUUGUUGAAUGUCGGGACAGGGGUCUUGGAAGCGCAUCUGAGCGACGUCAGUCUGGACUCUGGAUGGUUGGCGUUGGGACGGGGAUUUUGGGUGAGAGCACUCGCAGUCUGGUCCGAAUAGGCAGCAUGUGCAUAGAAAUAUCUCUCACGUAUUUCUACGAGUACGGUACUCUAACCCGUCGACCUCGACUCGACUCAAUCUGACGGAGCUGGCCCACUCGCAUUCACAUCCACGCAUCUCAACUGCAUUCUCAACCUCUCGACAGCCCUGUUCAUCUCCUCCCUCCGGAAUCCCUUCCAGUCCCAACCUUACGUGGUACAACUCCAAGUCACUCGUUUGAUCUACACAUCCUCGCCCCUCCCAUACGUUUGUUUCUCCAGUCUGUAGAACUGACUCGCCUCUGUCGCAGACAACUCCUCCUCAUCGUUGACAGCACCCUACGGAGAGAAUAGAUAUUAAGCCUUCUCGCACGUACCUUAAUUGGGCUCUUACUGCCGCCGCUGGGAAUUGACACCCCUUUGUAUCUCUCCUCGCGAUCGCUACCCUCCUUCACCCAACGCGCGACGUACAAGCCGCCCCCAAAUUUUGAUCUGCCGCCUGGCGCAGCUGGUUCAAUAUGCAGUACGUGCGAAGUAUCAGCGGUUCUGUCUCAAAAACAUGGAACUCGAUCAAUCCGGCAACCCUGAGUGGUGCUAUUGAUGUGAUUGUGGUGGAAGGGGAAGAUGGGACUCUAGCAUGCUCGCCCUUCCACGUCCGCUUUGGAAAGUUUUCUCUGCUGCGUCCAUCGGAGAAGAAAAUCGAAUUCAAAGUCAACGAUGUGAAGCAGAAUUAUGCAAUGAAGCUAGGGGAUGGCGGGGAGGCUUUCUUCGUCUUUGAAACCAGUGACAAUAUUCCAGAAGCAAUGCAAACGUCCCCUCUGAUAUCGCCUGCUUCAAGUCCACCUUUACAACCAGAAGGCUCAGAACUGCUGAGUUUAUCCGAGCCAGAAUUCUUGGACCUAGAGACGAUGAACGGAAAAGCCAGGGCAACUAGUGUGUCAAGACCGGGAGUUAACAUACUACCAGGGAGCGGUGACAGGCGUCAGAGCAAUCUCAGUAUGUUCCCAGUCGAUAGGCCGGCUCUGGCAUAACUAACAGAAUGGGAAGGCGCAAUAACUCCCCUUAGUGGCUCUCCAGAUUUUUCAACUUCAAGACCUCAGUUGGGGGAUUGGUCCGGAGCACAACGGAGUAACACGGACGAACUUCUCUCAACUUCUGCUCACAGCUAUACCAAUAACGGCACGGAACGAGAUCGCCAAACCCGAUCCCUCACACCCACGAUUCCACAUGAUGGCCGAUCCGAUUCCCAUACCGAGAGAUCCCAAAGUCCUCCCCCACUGCCGACGAAGGAAGCGAUUGAACGUGCGGUAGCCUUAUCAAAUAAGCUACAGGCAUCUAACAUACGGAAUACUGUUACGGAUACUGGCGAUUUGAUGCUAGAUAUGACUGGGUAUAAAAGUAGUGACGACGAUGCUUUCAGAGCCGAGGUUAUCGCAAGAAAAAUACUGUCUGAGGAAUUAGACGGCAAUUAUGACAUCGGGGCGCUAAUUGGUGCUGAUGAGCAAGGAAAUCUCUGGAUAUAUAGCAGUGAAGAAGCCAAAGAGGCUGCAGCUCAGAGAGCGGCGAUGGCUGGUAUCACAAACGUAAAUGAUGCUGCAUCUGAUCCUGGAUAUCACAGCGACGCGGAAAGUGAAGGGACUCCCAAGACCCCAAUAGUGGCCAUACAUCGACGUGCGGAAUCGGAUUUGGGAUUGACGCCCCCGCAGACCCCACCUGAAGGAGCUGGCGAUCCCAACAGAAACUACGCCAAAACACUGCGAUUGACAAGUGAUCAACUAAAGGCACUCGGAUUAAAAGCGGGACCAAAUCCUAUGAGCUUCACGGUCAACCGAGUCACUUGUCAAGCCAACAUGUAUCUCUGGCGUUACGAUGUACCGGUUGUUAUUUCGGACAUUGAUGGAACAAUUACCAAGUCUGAUGCCUUGGGUCAUAUUCUGAACCUAAUUGGGCGAGAUUGGACCCAUAUUGGAGUUGCGAAGCUUUACACCGAAAUUGUCAACAACGGGUACAAUAUAAUGUACCUGACUUCAAGGUCUGUUGGUUUAGCCGACAAUACACGAGCAUAUCUGGCCGGGGUUGAACAGGAGGGCUACCGCCUACCGAAAGGGCCAACUAUCAUGAGUCCUGACCGCACCAUUGCAGCUCUGCGAAGGGAGGUUUACCUGCGAAAACCUGAAGUCUUCAAGAUGGCUUGUUUGAGAGAUAUCAAAAACCUUUUUGGGCCUGGAAGAACACCAUUUUGCGCUGGAUUCGGGAAUAGGCUUACAGACGCUCUUUCGUAUCGAUCGGUGAGUAUACCUAGUAACCGCAUUUUUACGAUCAACAGCAAUGCAGAGGUUUCUCUAGACGUUUUGAAGCUCAACAAACUCCGAUAUAGCUAUGUGAAUAUGCGAGAAAUCGUGGAUCAUUAUUUCCCACCAGUCAACACACUCGUGAAGAGUGGUGGUGAGGAGUAUACCGAUUUCACAUACUGGCGUGAACCAGUCCUCGAAAUUGACGACUUCAGCGCCUCGGAAAGCGGAGAAUCAGAUGGCGAGGAUGAAGGUGAUGAUGAUGGUGACGAGGAGGAGGAUGAUAAUGAGAGCGAAGAGGAGGAAGAAAAUGAGGAGAUGGGUGAAAGCUACAUGUCUCGGGGAUCUCUUGAUGAAGGGGAAGGUUAUAAUGGUCUCGAGGAAAGCAUGAUGUCUACUUUCUCUCACGAAGAACAUAUCGACAACACACUGGAUGCCACUCUCGACGGAAACGCUAAUCAUGAGGAGGAGGAGGUGGAGGCUGAUGUUGUGAUUGCCCAGGAGCCCGAAACAGGUCUCUUGCAAGUCCAAGGAGUAGAAGAACCUACUAAGGCUGCGAACAAACCCACGAACGGGGAAGAUGAAAUGAAGGAGACAAAACCAGAUGUCAACCAACGCCGGGUUAGCCAGCAGGAUAUCCAGGCUGAGCUAAUAAUUGGGUGGAAAGGACUCGGAUUAGAACGCGAGGAAUCGGAUGAUAGGAAGGUUUGAGUGUGCAUACAUCCUCUGCAUGAAAAGCAAAGUCGAUAUUAAGGCAUGAUUUUCUUUCGUUUUUUCUUCUCUUUUAUGUAUGUUUUUAUACAUGGGAAAGGUGUAAGGAAAUGGAAUGGCUUCUGUAAGAAGGAACUGACAGACAGACGGGGUUUUGUGUUGUAUAUUACCCUUUUCUUCUUCUUCUUCUUCUUCUAAAUAGAGCAUUGGGGGUUCAAUGGUUGCGAUCGGUUGGUUGGGUUUGGGUGUGUAGGUUGGGAAAUUAGAACUGAGAGCAUAGCGUGGCGUAAUGAGCAAUAUUAUCACCG